UUUUGCCGAAAGGAGACGAAGAUCACGAUGAGUGGACUCCGCGUGAUUGCCCCGAGCGACGUCCGCGCCUUUGCGUACGACCCGGUCGAACCCCAGGCGCUCGAGCAGGCCCGCGCCAUCGUCAACGACGUGCGCGCACGCGGCCUUGACGCGGUCCGCGACCACGCGCUCCGCCUCGGCGACAUCCCAUCGCAGAACGCGCCUAUCUUGUACUCGCGCAAGGAGAUGCAGGCAGCGUUCGACGCGCUGCCCGUGGCUGAGCAGCAGCUUCUGCAGCGCACCAAGCAGCGCAUCGAAGUCUUUGCCCAAGCGCAGCGCGCGUCGAUCCAGAGCUUUGCACGUGACAUUCCUGGUGGCCAAGCUGGCCAAGACGUGUCGCCCAUGCAAGUCGCCGGCUGCUACGCCCCUGGUGGCCGCUACCCGCUGCCUUCGUCCGUGCUCAUGACGGCCGUCACGGCGCGCGUGGCUGGUGUCGCCACGGUCAUUGUCGCCUCGCCGCGCCCGGCCCCCGCGACGCUCGCCGCCGCGUACAUCUCGAACGCCGACGCGCUUCUCGCGGUGGGCGGCGCGCAAGCCAUCGCUACGCUCGCGUACGGCAUUGACGGCGUCCCGCCUUGCGACAUCAUCGUCGGCCCCGGCAACAAGUGGGUCACGGCAGCCAAGUCGCUCGUGUACGGCAAGUGCGCCAUUGACAUGCUCGCGGGGCCGUCCGAGUGCCUCGUGGUGGCUGACGAGGGGGGCCUCGCGCACGCCGCGACGAUCGCUGCCGACCUCCUUGCGCAGGCCGAGCACGACACGGCGGCGGUGCCGAUCCUCGUCACGACGUCCCAGGCUGUUGUGGAUGCCGUCAACGCAGAGAUUGUGUCACAGCUCGCCGUGCUCCCGACCGGCGCGACGGCGACCGUGAGUGUCGCGAAGGGCUUUGCGGUCCUUUGCCCGAACCUCGACGCCGCUGUCGAGGCUGCCAACAUCCUUGCGGCCGAGCACGUCGAGAUCAUUUGCACCGACAGCAACGCGGUUGCCAAGCGCAUUGUGCACUACGGCGGCUUGUUUAUUGGCGCACGCGCGGCCGAAGUCCUCGGCGACUACGGCGUCGGCCCGAACCACGUGCUCCCCACGGGCGGCACGGCGCGCUACACGGGCGGGCUCUCGGUGCACACGUUCCUCCGCAUUCGUACGUGGAUGCGCAUUGACGACGCGGCGCAGUCGCAGGAGCUCGUCCGCGACGCGGUCGCCCUCGCGCGCAUCGAAGGCCUCGAAGGCCACGCCCGCGCUGCCGAGAAGCGACUCGUGUAAUCGUUUAAGAAAUAGUCAUUCCAUGUUCACAGAA